ACCGAAAGCGGAGCGGGGCAGGGGCAGCGGCAGCGCAGCCAUGGCGGGGCCGCAGCCGGGCUCCUUCCCGCUGCUGGUGCGCGGGGAUUGGGGCACCGCGGAGCCGCCGGCCGCGCUGCGCAAGAAGCUGCUGCUCUACUUCCAGAGCACGAAGCGCUCGGGCGGCGGCGAGUGCGAACUGCGGGGGGGAGCCGGGCAGCUGCUCGUCUGCUUCGCCCAACCCGACGUGAUGCGGCGGGUGCUGGACCGGCCGGCGCACGAGCUCGAGUGGGGACCCCGCGGGAAGCUGUCGCUGCUGGUCACCGCGCUGCCGCAGGAUGGCUCCCGUUCCCCGCAGCAGCCGCCGGCGGAGCCCGAGGCGCCAGCUGACGAACCCGUGCCGUCUGUGCGCACCCCCGCGGAGCAGGAUGCCGCCGCGCAUCCCCAGCCGCCGGCCGCAGGUACGAGGCUGUUCCCGCAGCGCCCACCGCCUCGGGAAGCGCCUCCGGAGGUGCACGCUGGUGCCCAAGAAGCCUCGCAAUGGGAGCAUCCAUCAGCUGAGAAGACCGAGCUGGUUGUGAAAGCUGGUGAGAUGGAGACUGCCCCGGAGCCUUGCCAAGUGGAAAGCACUGAAGUAUCCCUUCCUUCCCCCUUAAUCGUGCUUAAAAAUGUGCGGGAAAACAUAAGCAGUUAUAUGUUAACCAUGUUGGUGGAGAACAUCAGUGGCUUGUCGGAGGAAGAUGGUGACUUCAGUGUGGAAAUGAUACCUGAACUGCAGGCUGCUGUUGUUGCUUUUACUGGAAAUGCUGCUACAGCAGACAUCGUUAAGAAGCUAAAUCAAAGCAAAAGGGCAAAGAAUCAAAACUUGACUGCGCAUCUCCUUGAGUUAACAAACUGUAUUAGAGCUGAAAAUAUACCACCUAACAUACCCAGUGACUAUAUAUCUAUGUACUUUGAGAACAAGAAGAAUGGAGGUGCACAAGUGGCAGACGUUCUUCAACUGCAUAAUGAAGAUGCAGCUAUCAUUACGUUCAAGGACCAUCAAGAUGUAAACAGAAUCUUGUCAAAGCAGCACUCGCUCAACAGAAGACCGAUAUCUGUCUAUCCUUACUACAAGUCCCUGGGAACAGCUCUGUAUGGAAAGGAAGGGCCACAGAUAAAGAAACCAGAUCCAGUUACGGUGCCACUGGACCCCUUUAUCUGGCAGUUCUUACAGAGAAAGAAUAGCCUCAUUGAAGUGAUACGUUCUGAGAUGGCAAAUUGUCAUUGUGAGAUAACAUGGCCUAAAGGCAACUGUGCAGAGCCAAAAGUUAUUCUGCAUCCUUCAGCUGCUUUGUCUGAGAGGAAGAGGUCGGUGGUUCAGUUGGUCAGGACAUGGAAUGCAGUGGCUUCCACAACGUUUUCAUACAGCAUAUCCAAAUACAAAGUAGAGAAGCUUAAAGUAAGCACGGAGGUGUGGGAAGCCAUUAGAACCAACAUUAGAGCCCACAACGAACUUUUGAUGAUCCCAUUUACUGCCAAGGGUUUACUUGUUGUAGUAGGCCACAAAGACGUUCUGAAGAAUGUUGUCCGAGAACUGAAUUUGCAGAUAGAAGAAGUCACCAAAGAAAUUGAAAGAGAAAAGCGAACAACUGAAGAAAUAGUGAUUCUGAGUCCAGGGGAUUUUGCAAUUUUGCAGAGUAUUGGGCUUGAAGAAAGAAUUCGCAUGGAAUUCCCAGAUCUGCAGCUAACUUAUGAUCAUACGCAGAAGAUAAUUAGCCUAUAUGGACUGCGUGAGGAAGUUUAUAAAGUUAAGGGGGAGAUAUUGGUUAAUGUGCAAAAAAUCACUAAGAAAUCUGUUACUCUCCACCCUUUCGUUUUCCAGUUUUUACAACGUAUUGAUAACGAAACCCUGUCACAGAGCCUGUUUUUGUCAAAACACAUCAGUGCUUUUUAUGAGCUAGGCCCAGAUGCUGUCCUCCUGAAAGGAAAUGGUGAUGAAACUCUCCUAAAAGCAGAAGAAGAGCUAAAGAAGGAACUGGACUACAAAAGCAUUGCUUUAGAAGAUGAGUCCGUCGUCCAGAAGGAGGAAUGGACGGCUCUCACUAAGGAGAACUGCUGUAAUGCAACCGUAACAGUCAGUCAGAUGGAGGGUGAGAUCAUUGUUGCUGGCUUUUCUCAAGCAGUAGCAAAAGCCUUUGAAGAUCUUUUUAACUUUGUAGAUGAGAACACACAAGUACAGAAAGUCAUCGGGGGAAAGCCUGUGGCAGUCCUGAUGUACAUUGAGAAAGAGAAGACCUCUGUCUUGGAUGACUUAAAGAGUAAAGGUGUGAAAAUUGACUUUAGUAAAGUUGUAUCCUUGAGCGGACCCAGAAGAGAGGUGCUGAAGGGGACUACCUUAAUUGAGCAAAUGCUGUCCGCGCUGUAUUACAAGCGUGUGGUAAUUAAUGAGCCAGGAGUCAAGUCAUAUUUCAAAGAAAGAGAACCCUUUUUUGCUGCCAGUGUGAAACAGGAGUUUAACUGCCUAAUCAGAAUGGAAGAGCAGCCAGAAGAGUAUCCAGAACAACAACAACACAGUAAUGUAGGCAAGUGCUACACACAGAUGACCGUGCAAGGAGUUCUAAUAGCGGUUUAUAAAGCUGACUUGUGCACUCAUCAUGUUGAUGUUGUGGUGAAUGCAUCAAACGAAGAUCUGAAACACAUUGGUGGCCUUGCUUGGGCACUGCUCCAGGCAGCUGGUCCAGAGCUGCAGGCUGAGUGUGAUGAGGUGGUGAGGAAGAUGGGGCGUCUGCAGGCUGGGGACGCGGUGAUCACAGGAGCGGGGAAGCUGCCCUGCAAACAGGUCAUCCAUGCUGUUGGGCCCCGGUGGAAGGAGCAGGAUGCAGCAAAGUGUGUGCACUUGUUAAGACGGGCCAUUAAAAUGAGCCUGCAGCUGGCUGAAACGUAUAAUCAUCGCUCCAUAGCUUUCCCUUCUGUAAGCGGAGGGAUUUUUGGCUUCCCGCUGCACAAGUGUGUAAAUGCGAUUGUGUCAUCCAUCAAGAAAACCCUGGAAGAACUCAAUGGGAAAAGCAACUUGAAGGAGAUUCAUCUUGUGGAUAUCAUAGAGGAUAAUGUUCAGGCUUUCAUCAAGGCACUGAAAGAAGUAUUUUCAGACAAUGUACCCGUUAACAACCCGGUGCAGCAGACCAGCAGAGUUCAUCAGCCUAGCAAAAGGACAGCUUCUCAAAGCAGCAUGAACUUUGCAUUGGUGACAACUGUGGAGGGUCUUAACAUCAUGCUGAAAAAAGGAAGCAUUGAAGAUGUCACAACAGAUGGUGUUGUCAUCAGUGUUGGUGGAGAUCUACAGCUUGAGAAAGGACAGCUCGCCAAAGCUUUGCUAAGCAAGGCAGGGCCAAGGCUUCAGGCAGAUUUACAUGACGAAGGCCAAGGAAAAUCACCUGUUGAAGGGUCUGUGUUCACAACAAAAGGCUAUGGUCUUAGUUGCCAUUAUGUGUUUCAUGCUGUCACACCUGGAUGGUUACAGGGAAGUGAAUCUGCAAUGAAGGUCUUGGGCAAGAUCAUCACCAAUUGCCUGCAGGCUGCUGAGGAACUAUCUUUAAAGUCCGUUACUUUCCCAGCGAUUGGAACAGGGAAUUUAGGGUUCCCAAAUUCUGUUGUUGCUAAAUUGCUGUUUGACACGGUAUAUGAAUUCAGCAGUAAAAGGAAAACAAAUUCUCUUCGGGAAGUUCACUUUCUGUUGCAUCCAAAAGAUGUAAAUAAUAUUCAGGCAUUUUCAAAUGAAUUUGAGAGACGGUGUGGCAAUGAUGUAGAUGAGGCUAGCGAAGGCACGGAUUUCUUUGGUCCCAUUUCAAACCCAGCACAGGAUGUAUAUGAAAUGAGGAUUGGCUCCAUCACUUUCCAAGUGGCUGCUGGUGAUAUUACCAAGGAAACUGGAGAUGUCAUUGUAAACAUAUCAAACCACACUUUCAACCUCAAAGCAGGUGUCUCUAAAGCGAUUUUGGAAGGUGCUGGGAAAGAGGUUGAAAACGAAUGUGCUAAAUUAGCCUUGCAGCCUCAUGAUGGCUAUAUAACGACCGAAGGAGGAAGUUUGCCAUGCAAAAAAAUAAUCCAUUUUAUUGCCCAAGAGAAUAUCAAAGUGCCAGUCUCCAAAGUGCUCCAGGAAUGUGAAUUACAGCAGUACACCUCAGUUACGUUCCCAGCAAUUGGAACAGGUCAGGCAGGCCGUUUUCCAGAUGCGGUAGCUGAUGAGAUGAUGGACGCAAUAACUGACUUUGCAAGGAAGAACUCUACUCCAUCUGUGAAAACUAUUAAAAUAGUCAUUUUUCAGCCACAUCUGCUGAAUGUGUUCCAUACAAGCAUGAAAAAAAGGGAAAAUCCUGGUAAAACUAAAUCAAAAUCACUUAUUUCCUGGAUGACAUCAUUCCUGAUGCCUGAGAAACAUCCCCCAAAGGAAAAAUGCAAAGUGUUUUUGGAAAAUAAAGUUGAUCAGGCUGCCGUUCAGAUCUGUGGGGAAAAUGAGAAACAAGUGGAAAAAGCAGAAACCUGGCUGAAAAGUACAAUUCUGAAGGAGCAGUUUCAAAAAGAAAUCAAGGAUGACUCCAUCUCAGAUUUUGAUGAGGCAGAGAACGAGGAACUGCGCGACCUACAAAAGAGACUAAAUAUUGCUCUUUUCUUGGGUGACAACUUUAUUCGAAUUACAGGAUUUAGCAAAGACGUCUGGUUUGCUUACUCAAGUAUUCAAGACAUAAUCCACAGGGUUAAAAUUGCUAAAUAUGAAGUGAUCAAGGCAGAACUUUAUCAAAACCUAAUUGAGUGGAAAUACUUGGAAAAGGAUUCCUAUGUGUCUUUUGACUGUAUGACGAAUAUGUACUUGGAAAGUGCUUUUAUAAAAAAGCAGAAAGAUGUUUCGAUCAUCAUUAACAAGAAAAAGUACAAGGUGGAUGUAGAACGUAGAUAUGCUACAGAUGAGGAAGGACAACGUAUAAGACUCACACGUACUGAUAAAUCUGCAGAUCAAGAAUCAACAGCACUCCCAGAAAAUUGGGGCGACAUGCAAAAUCAGCAACUCAAAAUAGUGGUAUUGGAACAAAAUACAAAAGAGUACAAACAAGUGGAGGAAAGUUUUCUGAAGACCAGUCCGUCACUAAAUCUAAAAAUUGAAAAGAUUGAAAGGGUACAGAACCCAUCUUUGUGGAAAGUCUACCAAAUAAAAAAGAGUCAAAUGGAUGAGAAAAACGGCAACAACAAUAAUGAGAAGCUUCUGUUCCACGGGACCAGUGCAGAGUCGUUAACCUUCAUUAACAACUAUGGAUUUAACCGCAGCUAUGCUGGGAUGAAUGCUGCACAGUAUGGAAAUGGAACUUACUUUGCUGUUAAUGCCAGCUAUUCUGCUCAUGACACCUACUCAAGACCAGAUGGAAAUGGGAAGAAGCACAUGUACCUGGCUCGAGUCCUUGUUGGAGAGUAUUCUCAGGGGACAAAAGGAGCGAUUACUCCAGCAGCAAAAUCUGCUGGCAGCGCUGUGGAUCUGUUUGACAGUUCAACUGAUAACGUGAACAAUCCAUCCAUGUUUAUCAUUUUUAAUGAUAUUCAGGCUUACCCGGAGUACCUUAUCACUUUCACUAGAUGAGCGUUUUGAUUGCAGCCAUGAUUGCACAUCUCUUAGCUUUUAUUUUAUAAAUCUGUCCUACAGAUUAACCAAAUAAUCAGUGAAAACUAUUUAUAGUUUUAUCCAAUUAAUUUCCAAAGGCUUUUUUAAGUUUAAGCAGCCUCUGGUACUUUUUGAUAUCAUUGACAUAGGCUAAUGAUUUUCCUCUCAGAGUAGCUGAUUGUUCUUAAGACGAGUUUAAUCUGAUGCGUGAUCUAAGAGCAGUUUUCAGUAGAAUUCCCAUGCUUCCCCUGUCAUGACCCUCCAUGCAGUGCUCUGGCCAUCCUAGCUGCAGCUGUGCUGGUGGGGGAGCGUAAAAGACUGAGUGCGUGGUCUUACAUUUAUGAAAGAAUGAGGAGCUGCCAUCAAUUAUGAUGCGGAGCAUCGUUUACAGUUGUCAAUAAAUGAACUAUCUGUACU